AUGUCCGGCCUCGACAUGAAUCUUUAUAAUGCCGAAGAUGACGGGCCAUGCCCGUCUGACUUCGACAAGAUAGAUGCUCCCGGUGGUCCUCCACACCCGCCGUCACGGCUUGGCCACGAAACAUUCGACGUGGAAGAUGAGCCUGGCGCAGGAGUCGAGAAUGUUGGUGCAGGUAGUGAUGGCGAAUGGGAAGUUGUGCCGCAAGAUCCCGACUGGGACAUGGUUCCCCACGACAAGGCCCUCCAUUCACGGAAGACCUUUGAACGAGAGGCGCCGCCAAGCGCAGAUUGGGUCGUGUGUGAGAAGGGAAGGAAUGGGGAAGUGCAAAUGUUCGAGGGGUCCCUGUCGAAACACACAGAUGUAUCGUCAGCGUCGACCGAGAACUGCGAUCAGAAGUCGGUCUGUCUUGCUGAGUUCCACGAGGGCGCCACCACGCCAACUGAGAUGCGAUUGUCUGCAGAAUCCGAUCCAGAGGAUGCAUCCCACAUAGCACGAGAAAGGAAGUCUGACCCCCUACUUUUAGAAAGCCAAACACUGCCGUCGAGUCAAGCCUCAUCCGGUCUGGUCCUGUCGAAUCAGGCACCGUCGAGACGGUCUUAUGAGCGACUUCGUCCUGAGAAGAAAGUCCGGUCACGCCAGUUGCAAUCGACUCCGGCGCGAGCUGAGGCUCGAAAAGAUGGCAGCGGGAAUGCACCGCAAUCAGUCCCGAUCCGCAUUUCGACCGGUCACGUCGCCAGACCGAAUCCCAACCAUAAUCCCAACAAGAACCGACCAUUUUCAGCCGAUGAAAAAGAGCUGCCAUUCCUAGCUCCAAAAGCAACCCCCGCCGCUGCCCAGGAUUCCAGACGACAAAGGCAUCGUCAAAUAGCCGACCAGCUGCGGACGCAGGCUGACCAGGAGCACGUCGCGCUUAUGGCCGGGCAGCAGAGGAUGGACGAGAGGUUGCAGCGCACGGAAUGUGCUCUGCCUAAUCGGUACGGCCUCCCUCAUGAAUGGUCUCCACACUUUGAUUAG